AUGUCGGCUAUAAACUCCCUCCAGCUUUCAGCGCGAACCGUAACUAGACGAGUGGAAGAUAUGUCAGAAGAUGUUGUUUCCCAGAUGAAGACGGACUUACAGCGAUGUAUUUUCUUCUCCUUACAAUUUGACGAGUCCACAGAUAUCAGUGAUACGUCCCAAUUAGCCAUAUUUGUCAGAAUGAUAUUCGAUGAUUUUACUGCUAAGGAAGAACUUGUUAAAAUUAUUCCCUUAAAAGGGCGGACUCGAGGUGAAGACAUAUUUUCUUCCGUUCAAGAUUAUUUUAUCUCUGAAAACAUUCCACUUCAGAAAGUGGUUGGCAUUAAAACUGACGGAGCCCCAGCGUUUACUGGAGUGCAUAACGGCUUCAUUGCCCUUUGCCGCAAAGAUGACACGUUUCCAAAUUUUUUAACAUACCACUGCAUCGUGCAUCAACAAGCACUUUGUGGUAAAUUUUUAAAUGCCGACAAUGUUAUGAAAGUCGUUGUUAAACUUGUAAACCAAGUAAGAGCUCAUGCUUUGCAGAGAAGACAGUUCCGAACUAUAAUUGCAGAAAUGAAUCUAGAAUACGGAGAAUUGCUUCUGCAUACAGAGAUACGCUGGUUAAGCAAGGGAAAGAUUCUUCGGCGCUUUUAUGAGCUCCUACCAGCUUUAAUCGCUUUUCUUAAGGAGCGUAAAGAAGACUACUCAACAUUAGAAGAACCCGCAUGGUUGAGAGAUUUUGGAAUCUUGACCGAUGUCAUAGGAAAGCUGCAUGAAUUAAAUUUGCAGCUUCAGGGUAAAGAAAAAAGUAUUCUUCAAAUGAUUUCCGAAGUAAAGUCAUUCAUUGCGAAACUUGAACUAUGGGGAAAAAUCUACUGGAAGGAAAUUUAA